UACCUCCCUCCACUCUACAUCUCUCUCACGGCAGCCAGAAUCAAUGGAUGUUGACAUGAUUAAAACAACAUCAUCAUCAUCAUCAGAUGAUCAGAUGGACAUGAUGACAAUGAUGAUGCAUAUGGAUCAUCAUCAAUUCUAUGACUCCUUCACCCCCAACACUACUAACUCCACACUACCAGAAAUUCAAUUCUCCAACACCAUUUCAAACCCUAUCUUUAACAACCCAACAAAUACAAAUGGAUUCCUAGGCAACCCAGUUGGAAUUCAAGAGCCCAUGACCCAACCCACCUCCAAAUUCAAAUACCCGAUUUUCCCUAAUCCGAACCCGCUUAUGUCAUCCUCAAUAUCAUCAGUAGAGAAGAAGAACUCAAUGGCAGCAAUGAGGGAGAUGAUAUUCAGGAUAGCGGCAAUGCAGCCGAUCCAUAUAGAUCCGGAAUCGGUUAAGCCACCGAAGAGAAGGAACGUGAAGAUAUCAAAGGAUCCACAAAGUGUGGCAGCAAGGCAUAGGAGGGAAAGGAUAAGUGAGCGGAUAAGGAUUUUACAGAGACUUGUGCCUGGUGGGACUAAGAUGGAUACGGCUUCGAUGCUGGAUGAGGCUAUACAUUAUGUUAAGUUCUUGAAGAAGCAAGUGCAGUCUUUGGAACAAGCUGGGGUUAAUAAGCCGCCUACGGGUCAUGUUGUAGGGUUCUCUGGUGCAACUUCAAUGGCUGCAAAUUUGGGUUACUCGUCUUUGAUGAUGGGUUGCAGCAACCAACAACCGGGUCAUUUGGUGGGUUCAAUGCAGAUGCUUAGAUGAUGAUCAAGAUUAGUUUUUGGCUUUUGUAAUUGUACUGUGUGAGCAUUGUAAAG